AUGGUCCCGCUAAAGCCGAACGAGCUCAGCCGACACGGGCAAAAUCGUCCUGCCUGUGAUACCGCCGCGAGCUCUACAGGCAUUAAAAAUGAAGCGGAUACCACCAUACCCAAAUGCGGGUUCAGUCUGGGUUUGAAAAUUGAUUAUCUGGGCCUGCAGCAGCUGCUGACGCCUCCAAGUGACCCAUGCUGGACUUCAGGGAGACGCAUUGGACUACACGCACAAAACCAGCGCACUGCAACCUUCUGCCCGGCAAUAACCGUCAGCGUUCGAAUCAAAUGCAUGGCAUCAACCACGAGGCGCUCGCUAGAGAACAAAGAAUUGUCAUCAAUAAACGAACCAUACUACACACUACUGGCUCCUGUGCACCGUGUCAUUGGGAACCUCCUCGACGAAAUUCCACGCCGAGCUAUGGUAGUGCGCAGCAUAUCAGGACUACGCGAACACAACGGUAGCAAGAAGUUCAGCACAAAGCACGAACGUGGCUAUCUCAUCGAUUGUUGGGUGGUCGAAUGUAACUGGAUCAUCCGUACUGAGGAUUGCGAUACCAAAGUAUUCAGCGAGGCCUGCAUAAUUGCUCUCGGCGUUUUGGUGAAUGCAUUGCGGUGA